UCAACAUUUCUUCUUCGUUUUUUUUUUUUUCUUUUUUUUCUUUUGCAGUUGCUUUCAUUGAAUCAAUAUAACCACGUGCCUACGUUUUUGGUGCUAGUAUAAGAGUUUUUAAGAGUUUUGUAGAAUUUUAGAGGUGGGAUUUGUUUUUUGUAUGAACUUUGGCGAGAGAAAGUGAGAGACUGUUGAGAAUUGGUGGUGAAUUUUCGAUCUAAUGGCGGACUUUGGAGCGAAAUGGCGGGUUUUGAGACCGAUAUUAAUGAUUUUUUUCAACUUUGUGUUGGCUUUUGUGUUUGCUAAAGCCGAAAGAGGCUUAAAACUUGAAGCUUCAGGAUUCAAUGGAGGAGCAAAACAUGAAUCAGAUUUUCUUCUCAAAGCUGUAAAUUUCUUAUGGCAAUCUGAUCAAUCUGGUUAUCACCAUGUUUGGCCGGAAAUGAAAUUUGGAUGGCAAAUUGUUCUGGGCAGUAUUAUUGGAUUCUUCGGAGCUGCGUUUGGAAGUGUUGGUGGGGUCGGUGGUGGCGGAAUUUUUGUUCCUAUGCUUAGCCUCAUUAUUGGGUUUGAUGCAAAAUCAGCUACCGCUAUUUCAAAAUGUAUGAUUAUGGGUGCGGCAGCCUCCACAGUUUACUAUAACCUUAAGCUAAGGCAUCCUACAAUUGAUAUGCCUAUCAUUGACUAUGAUCUGGCUCUGCUAAUUCAACCAAUGCUCAUGCUGGGAAUUAGCAUAGGGGUUGCAUUCAAUGUUGUAUUUGCUGACUGGAUGGUCACAGUUCUACUCAUUGUUCUCUUUUUAGGCACUUCAACCAAGGCGUUCUUCAAGGGUGUCGAGACAUGGAAAAAAGAAACCAUUAUGAAAAAGGAGGCUGCGAAGCGUCUGGAAUCCAAUGGUGCUGGUGCUGCUGAGGUGGAGUAUAAGCCCCUUCCUAGUGGUCCAAGGAGUGAAGCUCAAAAGGAUACCAUGGACCGAGAAGUGACUAUUUUGGAGAAUGUUUGUUGGAAGGAACUCGGACUUCUUGUGUUUGUUUGGGUUGCAUUCCUUGGACUACAAAUUUCCAAGAAUUAUACAUCUACAUGUUCGGUAGCAUAUUGGGUAUUGAACUUAAUGCAGAUCCCAGUUUCGUUUGGGGUGUCUAUGUAUGAGGCUGUUAGCUUGUACAAGGGAAGUAGAGUAAUAGCUUCAAAGGGAGAGGACGGAAAAAGUUUAAAAGUGCACCAGCUUGCUACCUAUUGUGCCUUUGGAGUAUUGGCUGGGGUGGUUGGUGGGCUGCUUGGACUAGGAGGAGGAUUUAUCAUGGGUCCACUGUUUUUGGAGCUGGGAGUUCCUCCUCAGGUCUCAAGUGCCACUGCUACCUUUGCUAUGACCUUCUCCUCAUCCAUGUCAGUUGUAGAAUAUUACCUUCUGAAACGUUUUCCUGUCCCUUACGCUCUCUACUUUGUUGCUGUGGCUACCGUUGCUGCUUUUAUUGGGCAGCAUGUGUGAGAAAACUGAUUAUUUUAUUGGGAAGG